AUGUCGCUGUGGUCGUCGAUGCCGAACAAUGGGCUUACCUUCCCCAUUCGCGGCAAGGUCAAUCUGCUCGACGAGCUUGGGGUCACGGUAGCGGAAGGAAAAGACGUUGCAGCGCGACCGGCCUUUCUCCACCCGGCACAUGAUGUGGCCGUACUGAAGUUUGACACCACAUCGGUCGAUAAGGAGCUCCUACGCCCUCACGCCCGGUACCGAGGGACGACCAUAGACCCUCCCUCACGCAACCAGAAGAAUGGGAUCCUGCUCAACGAGGCAGGCCAGAUCCUCGGACCCGUAGAUUCUAUCCGGGAGAUUACUACCUGCCGAUCGACGGGCUGCGGGCAGCACUCGAGCCGAUUCGCAACGGCCAAGAAGCGGAUAUGCGGUUUCGGGACUUUAAUGUGGAUCCAUGCGAGGUAUUUAGAGCCUUUCCGGCUUAGACUUUUCGGAGAGAACUGGGAGAUACGGUUGAAUCGCGCCGGUAAGGAGGUUCUACUCGAGGCGGACCUACUCCCUUUUAAGCAGCCCCUGCCUGGUAAAGAGAAGCGCCCGCUCUAUCUCGGCGACAUUAUCCUCGAGGUCAACGGCGAGCUGGUGACCGAGCCUACCGCGCUGGGCUGGCAGUACGAGCAGGCCUCGCGCCACAUGCUCGUCUUGCGAGAUUGGCCGAACGCGAGAUCAAGGUCCCCCUGCUUCCCGCCGCGAGCAUGA